AUGCUGCUCUUCUGUCCGCAGUGUUCCAAUAUCCUCACCAUCUCCCCGUCUCCCGACACCGGGCGCAACCGCCUCGAGUGCCGAACCUGCCCCUACCAGUAUGCCAUCGAACAGCCCAUGUACUCGCGACGACACUUCAAGAGGAAAGAGCGCGAGGAUGUCUUCGGUGGUGCCCAGGCCUGGGAGAACGCCGACAAGCAAAAGGUGCAGUGCAACAACUCGUCAUGCGACGGGAACGAGGCCGCCUUCUACCAGAUCCAGAUCCGCAGUGCUGAUGAGCCCAUGACCACUUUCUACAAGUGCAUGGCGUGCGGACAUCGGUGGAGAGAAAACUAA